AUGGAUCACUACCUCGUUGCGGAUUUGCGGAAAAUUCCACCUAUAACUCGGUUUCUAUGUGGUUCCUCGCUGGCUGUGACUAUCGCAGUGCUCAUGCAUAUAGUGGCUCCGCAUAAUGUUUUGUUUUGUGCCAGAACUGGUGAUGAAGAAGUUACAGGUGGAGGAAUCGACUACGGUUUUGACUUCAUUAUGCUACAUCAUAUGGCAGACCAACUGGAGUCAGGACCCUACCUUGGCCGCUCAGCUGAUUUAGCGUCGCAACUCCUCUUCGCCUGCGGUUCAAUUAUUGUAGCCACAAUUCCUUUGAGGACAAACAUAUUCUUUCGGCCUCUACUCGUUUGCCUCGCCUAUCUUUCCUGCGCUCUCGCAGGUCCAGGCGGGCAAGUCUCCUUCAUGGGUUUUGUCACCCUUCCUGUCAAGUACUUCCCAUACUUCAUGAUCGGCAAGGACCUCCUGAUGGCAGGGCCCGCGGCUGCAGCGCAGUCUGUUGCGGGUGCGAUUGUUGGGCAUGCAUGGUGGUGGAGUGUAUGGGGCGCGGCGCUCGGGUCGCAGGGUGUAUUGGCGAACGCUGCACAAGCUCCACAGUGGUUGAAAGAUCUUUUGAGCGAAGGGAGGACUCCACGAGCGCUAAGGAACGCCGGAGCACGCAAACUGGACGGCCAAAUUCGAAAGCUGACUAUCGUCAGGGGUGCAUUUGAGGCUAAUUUAUUAGAGUAAUUGAUAUCAUGCCAACAUUCUAAAUAUUUGCGGCUGUCUAGAUGAAUCCUCAGGACGCGGGGAUAAUGAAAAUAAAAUGCAACUACAUAUC